CUUGCGGGCGCGGGGCAGCCCCGAAGCGGCCGGUCCCGGCGCGGCGCGGGCAGCCCGGGGGCCUCGCACGGCCGGGUGGCGGCAGCAUGGCGCCCAAGGGAAAGGGAGGUGGCAAGGCUGCCAAGGGCGGCGACAGCGGCAGCAGCGAUGGCAAAGCCCAGGGCCCGAAGGGAGGCGGCAACGCCGUGAAGGUCCGGCAUAUCCUGUGUGAGAAGCACGGCAAAGCCAUGGAGGCCAUGGAGAAGCUCAAGUCUGGGCAGCGCUUCAGCGAGGUGGCCUCGCAGUACAGCGAGGACAAAGCCCGGCAAGGGGGAGACCUGGGCUGGAUGACCAGAGGCUCCAUGGUGGGACCAUUUCAGGAGGCAGCGUUCGCCCUGCCUGUGAGCAGCAUGGACAAGCCGGUGUAUACAGACCCCCCGGUCAAAACAAAGUUUGGGUACCACAUUAUCAUGGUGGAAGGCAGAAAAUAAAAUGUGAAUGACCAUGA